GGCAAAAUCAAGCGUGAUCCAGAGGGUUACGUAACGGAGCUCCAAUUGAUUUACAAACAGUUCAAAGCCUCCGUCGACCUCUUUCAGCAACAGGCGGCUCUCAGUUUCUCCUCCGUCGGGGGCGUCGGCUCCGACCUUUCCGUUGCCAAGGACCUCGGAGACCGCUCCAUGUUUCUGGCUCACGUUACUCCGUUUUACCCGAAGCAGCUCGCGACAUUUCCAGCUGAAUUGACUGAUUUACUCCGUACCUCGUGCCUGGCAAUGCCGUCGGGGCUUCGGAACCAUGUUGCGCAAGCACUGAUUCUUCUUAUGAACAGAAAGAGUCUCGUCAUCGAGGAUUUGCUGGCUCUAUUUCUGGAUGUUCAGACUCUUGGUGACAGAAACCUGCGAAAGCUUGCUUUCUCUCACAUUGUUCAAACAAUUCGUAAGAUGAGCAUCACUGAACCAAGGCACAAAUCACUUCAGAAGAUUGUGAUCUCUGUAUUGGAGCAAGAAGAUGAAACAAAGGCUAAGAGAGCUCUUGUUACCCUUUGUGAGCUUCACAAGAGAAAAGUCUGGCUUGGUGAUAGACAUGACAGAGUUGCAAUUGCGAUUUGUGAAGGGUGCUUUCAUUCCUCACCUAGAGAGGCUAUUUACAAGGCAACCAACAAAGGUACAUCUUCUAGCAAGAAGAAAAAGCAAGCGAAACUGCAACGUGCGAUGCGGAGUAUUAAAAAAAAGCAGCGUGCGUCGUGUGAAAACACCACUUCAACUUAUUCACCUCUUAAUCAUCUAAAUGAUCCGCAGAAAUUUGCAGAGAGACUUCUUUCUCGUCUUCAGGCUGGCAAGAACAUUGGCAAAACUAGUGAACGGCCUGAGACGAGGUUGAUGAUGAUUAAAGUUAUUGCACGGACAAUUGGUCUUCACAAGUUGCAUUUAUUAAGCUUUUAUACUUAUCUUCGAAACUAUGCUAAGCCACAUGAAAAGGACAUUACGCAAAUACUCGCAGCAGCAGUUCAGGCUUGCCAUGAUGGGGUACCUUCUGAUGCCGUGAAGCCACUGUUCAUGCAAAUAGUGAAUGAGUUUGUGCACGACCGUUCACGUCCUGAGGCUAUUGCUGUCGGACUCAAUGUGAUACGAGAAAUGUGCCUGAGGAUUCAUGAGUUGAUGACAGACGUAUUGCUGCAAGAUCUUGCUCUGUAUAAGAAAAAGCCCAAUGACAAAGCCAUCUCAGCAGCAGCUCGUUCCCUCAUAGCAUUGUUCAGAGAGAUCAACCCUUCGCUUCUAGUGAAAAAAGACCGUGGCCGUCCUGGAGGUGCUGUUGCCAGACCUAAACAAUAUGGAGAAGCCAAUGUCUUCAGCGAUGUUCCCAAUGUUGAGUUAUUGCAAGAAAGCGAUCAUGAGAGUGACUCUGAUGGUGAGCAAGACGAUGAUGACGUGGAGUUACCUGGCAGUGAUGAUACCGAACAGGAGCUGGUACCUGAUGAUUGUGGAACCGAGGACGAAGCUGAAGAAGACUCUGACGAUGGUGAAGAUGAUGAUGAAAUGAAUGACACUGAAGAUGAUAGCGAUAUUGAUACUUCAAUCGGUGGUGAUGAAGAGGAAGAGGAGAAUGACAGUGAUGAAGCCGAGACAGAUUCGGAAAACGAGGAGGUCGAAAGCGAAGAAGAUGACGGAGAAGAUUCUGAUUCUUCUGUAGAGGAUAGUGGAAGCAAAGAGAAGGCAAAGGGGAAGAAAAGGAAGAUGUUAGAUUUUGAUGCGAGUCUUGUCUCUGCUGAUACAAGCCUACGAGCACUAAAGAGAUUCGCAGAAGCAAAGAGCGAACAACCAUCUUUUGAUGAAAGUGAUGGCAUACUUUCUAACGAGGACUUCCGAAAAAUCAAAGAACUUCAGGCAAAGAAGGAAGCAAAACUUGCAUUGGCUCGAAAAGGAUUCAAGGUUCCGGAUUCUGAUCAGCUAAGCAAGAAGCGAGUCAAUCCAGCCAAACUUGAAGCUCACAUAAGGCAUAAGCUAACAAAAGAGCAAAGACUGGAAUUAGUUAAAGCGGGCAGGGAAGACCGAGGGAAAUACCGAUCCAAGACUGCCAUCAAGCAGAAGAAGUCGGGAGGAUCGAGCAAUAGACAGAAGGAGCACAAGAAGAAUAUGCCUCUGGCUGCGAUAAGAACAAAGGCUGGGAAAUCAAAGCGAGCCAAGAAAAUGAAGAAUAGCCUCAGCGGAAGCCAGUUCAGAGGAAGGAAAGCUUGGAAGUGA